UGUCACACACUCCGCUACAGAGUUUAAUAUCGGCACUUCCUCCUCGAAGUGCACCCUACCGUUGGAGCUGACAGCACUCCACACUUCAGCACCCUUGAGCCGCGCACACACAUUAUCUCCACUCUACCUUGUCUUGAGCACCGGGAUGGCGAGGCGACCUAGACACAGUGUUUACAGUAGCGACGAAGAUGAUGACGAUGUGGAGAUUUAUGAUCAUGACUACGAUGGUCCUCAUGCCAAGACAGGAAAACGCCACCUCGGCAAGACGCGCUGGACACGUGAAGAGGAUGAGAAGUUGAAGAGGCUGGUAGAGCAUCAUGGUUCAGAGGACUGGAAAGUCAUCGCCAGCUUUUUACCGAAUCGCACAGAUGUUCAGUGUCAGCAUCGUUGGCAAAAAGUUCUCAACCCUGAACUAAUCAAAGGCCCGUGGACUAAAGAAGAGGACCAACGGGUGAUUGAACUGGUUCAGAAGUACGGUCCAAAGCGUUGGUCUGUGAUCGCAAAGCACUUGAAAGGUCGGAUCGGUAAACAAUGCCGAGAGCGUUGGCACAACCACCUGAACCCAGAGGUGAAGAAGACUUCCUGGACCGAGGAAGAAGAUCAAGUUAUUUACAAAGCUCAUGAGAAACUUGGAAACCGUUGGGCAGAGAUUGCUAAGCUACUUCCGGGCAGAACUGAUAAUGCCAUAAAGAACCACUGGAACUCCACUAUGCGACGGAAAGUCGAGCAGGAGGGCUACCUGCAUCACGCCGCUAAAUUGAGCCCCACUCCACUUAACAACAGCUAUGCUAAACCGCCUCACCUCAUAAACUACAAUCACACAACGAGCAAUGCAUCCAUGUCUGCCUCUUCCAUAAACAAUCAGUAUCCAUACUACAUGUCUGAAUCACAACGGGUGCCAUUUCCACUUGCUCUUCAACUGAACAUCUUGAACAUUCCUCAACAUGGCACUGCUGCUAUCCAGAGACACUACAACGAAGAGGACCCAGAGAAAGAAAAGAGAGUGAAGGAGAUUGAGAUGCUCUUGAUGUCAACCGAAAACGAGCUGAAGGGGCAACAAGCACCACAAAUCUCCAUGGCUGGCUUCGGUGGGUGGAACCGGGGCUCUUUGACAGACAGCUCGGCCGGGGUGGCUGUUUCAGUCCCAGCCCCAUCCCUAGAACAGGGCUGCCUUCCCGAAGAGAGCGCCCAUGGCAACACAAACAGCCCAAACAAUGACAACAACUCCACCUUGCCGGAGUUUAUUGAUGCCAUUGAUUCGUUCUUCAAUGCAUCAGUAAACCCAGACUCGGACACUGUCACGCCCUCAUCUGUCUCCUCCCAGAAAGCACUGCAACAUGACCUUGCUCUUCGAUCUCAGAAAGAAAAUGAGCUAUUUCGCACCCCCAAUCUGAGGCGUUCCAUCAUGGAGUGCUCUCUUCGAACACCCACUCCAUUCAAAUCUGCACUGACAAUGCAAGACACCAAAUAUGGACCACUGAAGCGGGCCCACAGUCCAACACUGGACUCUGGAUUGGUUGGUGCUAUCAAGCAGGAGCCUCAGGAGUGUGAGAUCAGCAUCAGAAGUGUGCACCUGGACCAGCCCCCCCUGAAGAAGAUCAAACAGGAGGUGGAGUCAACCUGUCUGCAGUGGGAGGGGCAAGAUCUACACACACAGCUCUUCCCUUCCAGUGGUACUGCCCAUGACAUGCCUGAUCUGUUGACUAGCUCUGUACUGAUGCUUCCCACAGCAGAAAAAACUGAGAAUGGAGACAAAGCCGCCCACCUACCUCGCAGAGCCAUGGGAAGCCCUCUGCAGAUGAGCACAUGGGAACAGGUGCUUUGUGGGAAGAUGGAGGACCAGACGAUGCCCUCUGAAUCCUCACACAAAUACCUCAGCAAUUAUUCUUCACGAGCACUGGUCAUGUAAAGAGAUAUCAGAAAUAUAGAAAGGGAAGAAGAUGGAGGGAGAGUGAACUAGUAGACAACCAUUCUGAAAAAGAAGCGAAGAGGAACACUCCAAAACUUUUGGUACUUAAUUUGGGAGAGGCUCAAAGCCAUUGUUUAGACUGUACAGUCACUGUUAGUUGGCCAUGCUUAAGCUGUGCCCGCAUUCAUUUGUUUGAACCAACCAAAGACAUUUUUCAUGUGUUUUUUCUACCUUUCUAUUUCAUUUUAAUAAUAUUGUAUUAUAUAUUUUGUAUUAUAUAUGGGAAUGAAUUCUCUAUGUGGGUUCUAAUUUUAUGGAUUUUAAUAUAAGGAACAAUUUGCAGUAAUUUAUUAUUUUGUAUUAAGAAUAUCAAUUAACUACAGUGGGCGCCUUUGCCAGUGUUUGACCCCAGUAUUUGGGCUUCCUGCUCAUGUCUUAAUCGCUAAGUGUGUUAAUUGUAUGGAGCUUGAAGAGUCCUCCUAGCAUUAUCAAAAUCAUACACCAAAAACUAGACAAAAUUAAAAUCCCUUUUGUGUGUGUGUCAAACUGAACUGCCCUCGCAGAGAUCAAACAAAUGCCUGCCAUGCAUUCCUGGCCAAAACAGGCAUUAGCAAACCGAUUAUGGCAUCCGUGCCCAACCCCUACAAAAAUCACUUUGCCAAAUGUGAAAAUUUUAGAUGUUUGGUGAUAUCUAGUUUACAAAUGUACUCUGACAGUUCAGUAGUGUUGCCAUAUCAAGAGUUCAAGAUCUAAACCACAACGUUGAGAUUUCAUUGUAUUAGCACUAUUUCAGGUUUAGAUCACUAUGCAGCGGUUUCAACAGAUCAAAAAGUGUUUGUUUGUUUGUUUGUUUGUUUUCCCCCAUUUUUGUAUUUGCUAAAAAAGAAAAAAGUUUACCAUGCAUUUUCAAAUCAAAAGUCUAAACUGUGAAAAUGUGCCUUUGAAUUAACAAAACAUUUCUGUAUCCCUUUUUUUUUUUCAUAAAAACUUUUUAAUUAAUUUCAAUUUCUGAUCAGAUUUACAUUGGUAUUUGUAGUUUUUAAAACACUGAAAUGAUUGUUGCUUUUAUACCUAGUAGGCUUGUUUUUGAUACAAUCAUCCAUUGAUACUACGAUUGCAGAGUCCAAUCAAAAGAAAGCAUUUAGCAAUAACGUUUUUGUUAUUCGCUGCCUUUUUUGUAUUAGCUUCAAGUACAAACACUUUUUUACACUGAUUGUGAAUUUCCAUAAGUUUUAUACUUUUAUAACUGCCUUGUAAAUACAGUGUGUGUUUAAAAAACAUUUCUGGCCUUGUAUCUGUGCUUUCCUUUCCAUUGUGGAAACUUAAGAAUUUCUAAAGCUAUGUUGUUCAAAGAUUAACUGCCCCACUGUAUGUAUGUACGUUUAUAAUCUAAAAAUGUUUUAUAUAGCCUAAACCUGCUUUCCGCAUUCCUUAAUGCUUCAUAAAUACUAUUCACUGGCAGAGAUGUGCAUUAGACCAAUAUGAAAACACUAUAUAUGAUGCAAAGUUUCAUACAAACCUACAGUAUCAUUUAAUCAAUUUAAUGUAAUCAGAUACAGUAUGUACAGUGAUGGCCUUGACUGUGUAUAAAUAAUCAUUUUGACCUUAAUGUUCUCGCGUGACAAAAGAAACGACAAAAGAGACCCACACAAAUUAAAGCAGUCGUACACCAUUUUAGUGUGCCAAACACGUGUGGUGCACAGUAUUUACUUUGAUACUUGUGGGCAGUGAGAUAACAGCUAUUGUGUAGUAUUCAAAUGGGUCAGUAUGGGUUGUAAGAUGAGAAAAAAAAUGAUAAAGGCUGGUAAAGAUUAUUAUGAAUGAGUAGAAUCAGGAAUGACCCAUUAACACUAUCAGCGAGCGUUGUAAAGGACAUGCAAAUGUCACCAACUGUAUACUCUCAGGCUAUUUAAGGAAUGCUUUCCCUGAAUGCAGAUACACACACACAUCACACACUUUUCUGUCUCCUAAGAUAAUAAAAUAAAAAAAAAGUUUUUGUUUUCUUAAACUAUUGUUCUGGUUUCAAAGGAUCAAUUAUUAAAACUUUAACAUU